AUGGCUGUCGGCAAGAACAAGCGUCUCUCAAAGUCCAAGAAGGGCACGAAGAAGCGGACCCAGGAUCCCUUCACCCGCAAGGACUGGUACUCCGUCAAGGCACCCUCGACCUUCAACCAGCGAGAUGUCGGCAAAACCCUGGUCAACCGCACAACGGGUCUGAAAUCGGCCAACGAUGCCCUGAAAGGACGAAUCUUCGAGGUCAGCCUGGCGGACCUGCAAAAUGACGAGGACCACGCCUUCCGCAAGGUCAAGCUGCGAGUGGACGAGGUGCAGGGCAAGAACUGCCUGACCAACUUCCACGGCCUGGACUUCACCUCUGACAAGCUGCGGUCGCUGGUGCGCAAGUGGCAGACCCUGAUCGAGGCCAACGUGACGGUCAAGACAACAGACGACUACCUGAUCCGACUGUUCGCCAUCGCCUUCACCAAGCGCCGCCCGAACCAGAUCAAGAAGACGACGUACGCGCAGUCGUCGCAGAUCCGUGCCAUCCGCAAGAAGAUGACCGACAUCAUCCAACGCGAGGCCACCUCCGUCACCCUGGCCCAGCUCACUGGCAAGCUCAUCCCCGAGGUCAUUGGCCGCGAAAUCGAAAAGACCACUCAGGGCAUCUACCCACUCCAGAACGUCCACAUCCGCAAGGUCAAGCUGCUCAAGGCCCCCAAGUUCGACCUCGGCGCCCUUCUUGCUCUGCACGGCGAGAGCGGCCAAGAUGAUGCCGGCCAGAAGGUCGAGAGGGAGUUCAAGGAGCCUGCGCCUUUGGAGAGUGUUUAA